GUAUGCAGUGGGCGAGUGAGUGGCUAGCUGGUGUGUUGUGUGCAGUGGUGUGAGUAAUUAGUGUCAUGUUCGUUUAGCUAGUCAGUCGUGACGUUCUGUCGCAUGAGGAUGACAAUGUCACUGACAUCUAAUUUGGGUAAAAGUUUUGAGCAGGAACUCCACAAUUUGGACACAGCCAUCAUCAAUGUACGCAAGUGGCUUAGGGAAAGACAUAAAGUCCUCAAACGGCUGGAAGACCCUCACAACCAAGGGAACAAACUCACAUUGAUCAAGACUCUUGUAGAAGAAUCCAAAAAAGAACAAGAGAAGGUCGACCAACUUUUAGCCAGAGAUUACGCAUAUCUUUCUGGUCACAACAGUGAGAUUCUAAAAUUGGAAUUAGCUGACCUGUCUGAUUUGUGGAGGUUAUAUGAGAAAAGUCUGUGCAACAUUUCAUCCAGCAGCUGUCUGUGUUCAGUUAAAGGAACCGCUGUAAAUUCCAAACAUAAUUCAUUAAUUUCCCAAGUGUGGCCAUUGGAUGAUAAUACUCUGAAUUUCAAGGAAAAAAAUUCCUUUGAAGAAAAGGAUAAAGAUUCAGCCUCAAGUGGAAGCAACAACUCUGUUGAUUCAGUGGGAGAUCUUAUCCUUGAUUCUCUGACUGAUGAGGAUUUAAAGAAAUAUACAGUGCUUUCGGAUUGGGGAGAGAUUUCAGCAUCAUCCAAUUUCACCAGUUUCGAACAGAGGUCUGAUUUUGUGGCCAACACUGAACAUGGGAUCUCUGCUGAAGACGUUUCCAACUGCCGCCAUGAGGAACAACAGAAUUUUAAGUGGACUGUAGAUCCAAAGGCUUCGGCAUCUAUUUGUUGUGUAAGGUCGGGCAAAAUGAGUUCAGAAGGUUUAGAGAAGUUGCUAGUGGAAGGUGGGUGUGAGGAAUCAAGUAAUUCUCAAAAGGAUUUAUGUGAUUUCCCCCCACCAGCCCAUUUUAUCAGGAAGAUGUCAGGUUCAGGUGAUGCCUACUCAAAGUCUGAUGUUAGUGGAAUCUAUCCAGGUGAAGCUUCCAAUAUGAAAAUGGAUAUGGCAGGCACAGAUUCGCCUUGUGAUACUCUGAAGCGCAGACGCAUGUUUCUGGACACCUCUUCCAACACUAGCAACAUUAGCAGCAGAUCUGAGUCGCCCACCAGCUUCAACAGCAGCAGAUCUGAAACUCCCACUAGCACGUUGACCAGAGCAGAACGCCAGAAUGAAUUGUGGAAAGCCAUUGGAUCCAUCGACACAUUUCUCAUGGAUAAGGAUAUCAUAGAGGCUUGUCAGUCUACAGCCAGUGAUCUCAUUUGUGAUGAUGAAGACUUUGUUGGCGCACCCAAUGUUUCGUUUACUGAGUUCCUGCAACAGUACAGGGAACUGACUGAAUGGUUGAAUCAAGUUCACAAAGUCACACAAAGAGAGGUCACUAGUUUGUCUGAGAAGUAUUUAAAUCAGAGCUACCAUGAGGAAAUGUUAGAGCGCUCACCUCGCAGAGAAUUCCUCAACAACUAUUCUCGUCAGCUCCUAGUUCGCUACCCCAACAUGGCUGAUGAGAUUAGUGCUAGGAUGGCUAGACUGAACACACAGUGGACAGCAGUUGAGCAGGCCAUAGCACCCAAGUAUGGCAAGCAAGAUGCAGACACCAUGUUUCAGGAUCUUGAAUGUGAUUUAAACACUCUCAGACGUUGGCUGAAUGCCAUUGAAGCUAAGCUUCUCCCUUUAACAUUGAAAGCUGAUUGGUCUGACACUGAAGUUGAAGAAAAAUUGUUGCAACAUCAGGCACUACAGAGAGAGAUAGAAUCCCACAACAAGAUCGUCAACGCUGUCCUCAAGUUGAGCGAGCGUCUGGAGCUCGACUCUAAGGCCUGCGGUACCAGGGGCCACGACUCCCUGCAGACGGUGGCACUGAACCUCGAGAGGAGAUGGCACGGGAUCUGGCUGCAGUCCCUCGAGUGGCAGUGUCGUUUGGAAGGCGCCAUCACCAAGAGGAAGGAGCCUCUGCACUGUGGGUUUGACUUCAGUAACUUCCCCCUGUCUGAGAUAGACGAAUCCUUGUUCAGCCACUCAGGCCACAGCUUCAGUGAGCACCUAAUCCAGCUAGACGAUGACAGUUUGCUCUUUAUUGGACACAGGGACGACUUUGCUGAGAACACAUCCAACUCUGGGGACUGCUACAGGAGUUUAGACCUGCACGGCAGCAGGUCCUCUCUAGCCUACAGCGACCAGGACGAGAGCCUGGAGGAUGUCUUCCCUCAGGUGGUCAUCCAGGACAGCCUAGUGCACUGCGGCUCUGGUGCACACACCCCUACAGCCCCCAACAGUCCCUCAAGACCAGCUGCUUUCUUCAAGCCUGACAGCCCACUCGGCAAGAGGCCCUUCCCCGGCCCUGGGAGUGGAGAGGCCAGCCCGGCCAAGAGGGGCUCCCAGUCCCCCUCCUCCUCCAGUGGAGGCCUGAGCCCAGUCAGCCAGGAGAGUCCGCUGGAUUCUUUUAUCAUUUCAAGAGGGCUGCACAUCAGCAGUAGAGAUGGUCUCCUCAUCAACUCUAUGCACCACGGAGACACCUAUGCCCACCUAAAGCAGCGCAAGGCUGGAUUUGGCUGCAGCAGUGGGGACUCUGCUAACAUUAGUGAGACUGAGUCCAAGAUGGGGGAUUCCCCCCCUUCUAAUAACCUUCUUAGAGCCAACGGUCACUAUGCGGUCACUAGCAGUGAUGGUGAAGGAGAUCCACCAGCAGUGAGAAGGUUCAAUAGCACGGAUGUGAAGGACAUUGGAUACAGCAGUGAGAGCCAGUCCAACGACGAGGUGGAGGUCAUGGGUCACCAGAUUGACCUGGAGUACAGGUACCAGGGCAAGUGUGAGGUGGCCAGCGAUGGCCCCCUGGGGGAGAAGAUCUCCCUGCCCUCUACAGCUGUCAAGCCCAUUUACUACAUGAUGACGCAUGUGGAUGCUGACUCCACAGACCGGACAGAUACCGGGGACACCACGGAUUCUGGUGCGGAAAAAAUUAAGAAAGGGCAGUUGGUGAAAAAGUUAAGUGAUAAAGUGUUGCAUAAUGAUUCAUUUCACUCAGACAAAUCAACAAAGGAACUUGAACAAGGCUCACUCAAUGAUUCUUAUAAUUCUGGUUCAGAUAGAUUUGAGGCUUCUGUUAAAGAGGUCUUCUCAGAGUUAGAUGCGCAUAAAGAAUCAGAUUCGCUGGAUGAAGCAUGGGACUUGUCAUCUCUAAUCCCAAAUGGUGGCUACCACCAGACAAGCCAUGCGUAUGGGGGCGAGUGUGUGACUGGGGACAAGGAUGCCCAUCUGCUCCCCAUGUACACAUUUGUGGAGUUCUCAGAGUCAGACAGCGCCCCAGAAUCCAGGGAGAAGAAAUCCAUCAAGUACCUGAUAGAGCAUGCUGAGGACCUGGUCAAACCCUCCAGCCCCAAGCACACCAUCCAGCCAGCAGCAUCACCCAAGAAACAGGCUCCAGUCCAACAUUCCCCAUCCAAACAGACCCAGACAGACAGCUGCAGCACUGUGGAGAGCUCCUGCGAUGCUAGUGGGGAGGACAACUCUGACCAUGAAGGAGCCUUGAAGUGUAGCAGCGCAGUAGAGGACUUCUCCACGGCAACAGAUGACGCUGAGGAGACCCUCUUCAACAGCACCAUAAACCUGGAGUCUGCAGACCCUGCCAAGAAUGCAAGCGCAGAUGACAUCUCACGACCUACACCCCACGGCUCCCCGGUGUUUGACUCUGCUCGCCUCCGUAAACAAACCGGUGGGGCUUCCCGUAGAAGAGGCAAGAAAGACAGGCCGUGGAGUGUUGUGGGGCUGCAGGAGUUUAACACCAACAAGAGAAGUGACAGUCUCCAGCAAACAAUCGCAGCAUCAGAAAGUGCAAUAGACCAUCUGUUCUCCCACACCGACAUGGACACAUCAACACCCACACACAUUGGCUUCCACUCAUCCACCUUCCCCAGGGACAGCCACAGGGACUACUUCAGGAAAUCAUUCUCCUCCUCUGAACAUUCAUCCUCUUCUAAGUGUGCCAGACGCAAGAUCAAAUACUCAGGUGGCCCAUCCCUGGACGCCACCACUCCCACCAACAGCGAGACGACACUUACUGGGGUCAACUGUGACGAGUCUGUCACAGCAGAUGGUACAUGUGACAAGAGUGCCAUCCCUGGCGCCAGAGGCUCGUCACAGCCAUCAGAGAACUCAUCUGGGGCUGAGAGAUCACCAGCCAAGAACCACAAGCCCAGACGUUUGAGGCGCAGGUCUAGUCUAGAGAAGAAAGACACCUACGCUGCCACCUUAACCAGGUCCAGCACCACUGACAGCUAUGACAGUGCAGAGGCUGAAUCGGAAUCAGAAACUACAGAUGAAUACCUAACAGCCCCAAUGGAGGCCGCCACAUCUGAUGGUGAUGAUGUACACAAUGUGUCUGGUUCUUUCUCUGAAAACUGCAUGUGGGACAAUUUCCAGGUCCUGUACCCCACUGCCAGUGAGGACCCAGGUGAGGAACUUCUAGAGUGGGACCCUCAAGAUGAGCUGGAGUUUGAUGAUGACUUCCAGCUGAACAAAAAACACAGGAAAUCUCUUGUGUCUGCUGUCAUGGGCAAUGGUUUGAAGAGAUCCAAACUCAAAUUUACAAAACAAGGGAUGCCUGGAGAUGACAGUGAUUCUGACCUGGAUGAUUUCCACCACAUUCUGGACCAGUCCGAGCUGCAGCUUAAACUUGCUGACCAGUCCCUCAGGAAGAAGAGGAAAGAUCCCAUGGGGACAGGCCUGCACCCUGACCCAGCUAAAUAUGAGGAGAUCAUCGUUACAUAUGAAACCAACAUCAACUGUUUGAAGACAAUCUGUCAGCACCUCAAAAGUGAUGACAUCACACCAGAAGAUAUCAAGAGAGUCAAUGACAUAAUGUACCAAUGGGAAAAGUUGUAUGCAUUGGCAUCUGAACGCCAUACACAAGCCACAGCCCUAGGCAAGAUCAGAGAUCAUUUGGUCAACAUGGAGACAUGCAUCAAGCAAGCAGAAGAGUGCCUCCCCUUUGAUAGGUUUAGCUCAUCUGAGGAGUUGAAAAAAACUAUUUCUUUAUUGAAAGAGAAGAAAGAGGCUUUGCAGAUACAAGGUCAGCAACUGGAGGAAAUCCAUAUUAAAAUGACAGAGUUCUCUGCUCUUCACCCUACAAUCAAUGUAGCCAGAUACCUUCAAGAAAUGUCAGAUUUACAAAAAUCUACUAACUUCAUGUACAACAAGGUGACAGAACACCUGGGUAUACUAGAAAACAACUGGUCAGUGUGGCUGGAGUACCUGGACAGCCAGCAAGAGCUGGACAGCCUGCUGUCAGCAGACAGGGAGAGGCUGCACGCACUGUUGUGUCAGCGAGAGUAUGGUAUCAAGGUUACCAGAACAGAUGUUGUCAGAGAACUAGAGAAGCUACAGAGCAAUCUGUGUGUGUACGAGUCCAAGUUAUCCCUGCUUCAGGCCAUGAGAAACAAGUUGACCAAGACUUCAGAUGAAAAUGCUCAGAGGAUUCUGCUAGCAGCAUUUGCUGACCUGCGCAACCAGCUGUUUGUGGUGAGUGAGAGGUGCCAGCAGAUGUACCAGCAGGUGGAGGAGGAUGAGGAUGUGGCUCUGGAACAGCAGUCAGAUCUGGGCAAGCUGGCAGUCUCAGCUGCAUCCCUUCAUGAAGCCUUGAAAACACGCCAGAGCAUGAGAACACCUGAAGUCCAUCUAGAAGCCAGCAGCGCUGACGCCCAGACCAAGUCCAGCUUAAACCGCAGCUGUGCAGCCUGGCUCCGCUCACUUCCUGUCCAAGUGGUGGCCUUGAUGUUAGUUGCAGGACUUGUCUGUGCCCUUGACCCUGACAUCCUUGACCGUUUGACCAACUUCAAGUUGACCAUAACACCAGAGCUCCAUUACGUCAAUGGCCCCCCAAGUAUAUAAGAAUAUCCCAGAUCUUGUACAGGCCCCCAGUGGAUGUGAAUGUGUUCGCCAGUAUUCUGUACUAUGUGUACGCUAGUAUGUGUACUCCGAGUGAUUUUGUAAUUCUGUACUCAGUAUACACCAGUAUCCUGUUCUGUGGUGUCUACAGUGGUGUCGUAUGUACACUAAAACCCUGUACUGCAGUGUGUACACUAGUAUGUACCAUGGUGUGUACGUAAUACCCUAUGCUGUGGUGUGCACGAUGGUUUUGCUGAUUCUGUGUGCACUUAUACCCUGUACCUUGGGUUGUUGUUCUGAUUCUGUGUACGCUAUCACUGUUUACAGUGGCAUCUGUGCCCAAACUGUAU